AAAUUAUUGUCCAGUUUGAGAUCUCAUUUUUAGUAUAAUUUGAACUAAAAAUAAAAACUCAAACUGGAUAAUAAUUAUGAGACGAAGGGAGUAAUAUUUAUUAGGUUAAUCCCCUUAACUUUUUUUUAAAGCAGCCUUUCAUCUCCAAUAAAAUAAUUAGUCUAGAGUUCUUGCUUAAGGCAAACAAAAUGACUGUUAUUGCUUUUGUACGUUGGGGAAUAGCAGGAUGACGAACAAAAUUUGAGCAAAGGGUAUACUUGUUCAUGGUUUAUUUUUCACAUUUUUAAUGGGAAUACUUUGAGAUUAUUAUAUAAUACAAGAAAUUCCCAUUUUUUUACUAGGUGUAUUUUUAGCAGUUUGUAGUAGGUAAUUACAAUUUUUUUUUUCAUACAUAUAACUUGGUUCUCCUAAUUUCUAUAUGGAGGCCUUAACCCUUCAUAUAAACAUUGAUUUUAUCACAAAAGAAAAAAUUUAGACAAGAGUAUCGACAUUUUCUGAUGAUAUUAAAGGGUAAUUAAUUAAGAUAACCAAAUAUACAAAAGGCUUUUUAAAGAAAGAGGACCUGAGGGCUAGUUUCAUAAUUAAUUUGGGUCAACUGGUAAUUUUCGAACUGAAAAAGACCACAUGAUUCAAACUUUGGACUUUGUAAUAAAGAGCGCUGACCCGUUUUGUACGCGACCUUUUGUAAAAGAACCUUGCAAAUCGGAAGCCCAAUCCGGUCGCCCCCAAAAUCGCCGUGGUAGCGUCAUCGUUUCAGGCUCCACUCUUACCAAACGACGAUCAUUUCUCAAUAAUUGUCCGGCAAAGACCAACUUUCCGUCAGAGGGAGGGAGAACGAGCUUUCGCGUCCAAUCUCUUUCCUCUCUCUCCCGGUUGAGCAGAGCUGCGGUUUGAUCUCGUUGCAUUCAUUCGCCGCUUAGCUCAGCUCCGUCUUUCUUCGCGUAAGUCAUUUCUGUGAAUCCGUAGUAUUUGUUUCAUUAUCCGAUCUGUCUGUUCCGAUGUUCAUUUGCUUCUAUUAAAGCUUAUCCAGAUGCAAAAUAUUAAAAACUAGGUUUCGAUCGCCCGCAUUUUCAGUUCUCUGACUUACAGAACAUGAAUUUGGUUUGGAUUUAUAACUUACUUUCAGUAAUGGUGAAUUGCGCGUCUUUAGAAUGCAAUAAGAGAUCGAAGCCAAGUGCAGGUAGUAGUAGUAUUGCUUAGCUGGAUGAUGCUUGAAUUGAGCUGUGCUUUUAUAGUCCUAAGGUGGCUGAUUGUAAGGUUUUGAAAAUGUUUGUAUUUUCAGUUUUUACACGGUAAUUAGCUUACUAUGUAUGCUUCAUACUAUUAUGAAUAGUUGAUGGUCAGAAAACAGAAAUUUAGGUUCCAUCAACCAAAUAUAUCCGCAUCAGCAAUGUUUCUGUGAACAGGACUUUAAACCUGAAUAGUCUUUGUUUGCUAGUUUUUGAGCAGUUCUGUGUAUGAAAAAGAGGAAACAGCUCCAAGAUAUAAAAAGUGUCUGUUAGUUGGUGUCAAUGUUACAUCUCUUCCAUAAAUCUUCGAUGUCCUUGCUAUGCUAGUUUGAUCUACGAGAUCUUUAUCUAUUGCCCUGUUGCAUUUUUGGAUCCCUUGGGAACUUUAAUACUCUUAAAGAAAAGUAGCACAUUACAGAAGUUGGCAAGACCUAUGCUAAACAGCUGCAUGUUGAAAAUGCUAGUCGGGUGGUGUAAUGUUCGUGUGUGUCUAAUUUGCUGUGUACUUUCUCUUUCUGCCAUUAAGGCUUGGAGUUUAUAUCUUCUUUCCAACGUAACCGGGAACUUGAUUUUUACAUCUGCAGAAAUUGGCUUCUCAGAAAUGGAUGACUAGCACCAAACUGCUUAGAAUGUGAUGGACCAUAAUCACUUAAGUCUAAAGACGUAUAUGGCCAUCACGGCUGAACGAGAUGCGGCCAUCCGUGAUAAGAACAUGGCUCUGGAGGAGAGAAGGAAGGCUUUUGCCGAGCGAGACAUGGCCAUGCUUCAGCGGGAUGCAGCAAUUGCAGAACGUAAUUCGGCCAUACAGGAGAGAGAUGAGGCCAUUGCUGCCUUGCAGGUACGGGAAUGCUCCAUAGGUAACAUGUUCUCUAAUUCAGCUGUCAAUGAAGAUGAAGCCAAAGAUAUGCAUUAUCUCGAGCAACUGCAAUAUCCCUUGGAUGAUCUUGCAUUUAGUCCGAGAGAAACUUCCACUAGUCAUACCCUCAGUGUAGGGGAAGUUGCUUCUGGUACUGCAGACUCCAGGAAAGUGAAGCGUGUAAAAGAGGGGAAGAUUGCUAAGUCAGCUAAGUCCACAAAAGCGUCCAAAAAACGAUCUGAAGGCGUGAUUAGUGCCACCAUACCUCCUUCACCUAGUGAUGAGGGCAUCCAUAGGCAGCUUGUUACAUGGAAAGAUAAUUUAGGUUUGAAUCAAAUAAAUUUUGACGAAACUUCCAUGCCAGUGCCUGUUUGCUCCUGCACUGGAACACCCCAGCCGUGCUACAAGUGGGGAAGUGGUGGAUGGCAAUCUGCCUGCUGUACAACCUCUUUGUCAAUGUAUCCGUUACCUCAGGUAUCAAAUAAACGGUACACCAGAAUUGGUGGAAGAAAGAUGAGUGGAAGUGCUUUCAGCAAAUUGCUUAAUCGACUUGCAGCAGAAGGCCAGGACCUGUAUUCUGCUCCACUUGAUCUUAAGGACCACUGGGCAAAGCACGGUACAAACAGGUAUAGUACCUUGAAAUAAGCUGCAAAUGGCAUGCUUGAGUGUUGGAAUAAUUCAAAAUGUGCCUUAACGGAAGUUGGGCUCUGGUUCCGUUGAGUUUAAUUGUGGCAAGCUUCAAUGGUCCUGCCAUUAGUGGUUAGGUUAAAUUGCUCUUCUGUUAUGAAAUUUGUAUGAGGUUAGGUUAUAGAAAAUCCGAACUUUUAUUGUACAUUGAAACUGAAUACUGUAGCAGAUACCAUUUGUGAUUGAAAUGUGGCCAAAUUGUAAGCUACUGCGAUUCCAUUUGUAAGACGACAAUUUUUUGUAGCUGACCCUUGUUGCUGGUACAUCAUUUUAAGUAGUUUCUUUCUCGUGAUUAGCAAAGAUCGGAUUGAGCUUCUUCAAUUUAGUGCAGGAAAAGAAAAUUGGGAACUCAUUAUAGUUCUUCCACAUUUAGUUUUGGCCCAAAAUCGGGAAGUAAUUAAAGUUGCCGACUGUAUUCAACAGAUUCAUUAUUGGUAUUCUUCUCAAAUUAUUCAAUCCUCCAUAAAAUUCAAUAAAAUUUACAGUCUCUGAAGGACAACAGAGUUGCAGAUUUAUAUAGCCUCCUAAGCCUUUAUUUUGAUUUCACUUGAUACAUCGCCCUUCAGUCCACAAUUUUCUUAGCGAAUCUAAAAUCAUAUCAACAUAUAGCAACAGAGAUCAGAGAAUAAUUCAUCGGCAGUUGGGAAAAAUCAUUAUUAACAAAUAUAUGUAUCUCCACAAUUUGCAUUACAGACUAAGAAAUUACAAUUGAGGCUUUAAAAGAAUACAAGACAUUCAUUUAAUAAUAAAAAAUAAAAUAAAAAAUAAAAAGAAGAAGAAGAAGAAGAAGAAUACUAGACAUUCAUCCUUACAUAAGAUCGUACAAACAUAAUC